AUGGGCGUCCUCGAAGAAGCAAAGGAAAGAUUGGCGGGUAUUCAGUGUAAAAUACAAAGGGUGUAUGACGCGGGAGAGGCAGUGGGAAAAGUACCUAACAAUAAGAUGGCACACACUAAGUUCAAAAUCAUGUACGCAACAUUAGAAAAUUUAUGUUCUGAUUUUGAAGCACAGUUGACGGUUAUCAUCCGAAGUCAAUGUAAAGGAGGAGUAGUAGGAGAGUUGGUUGACACGGAAAAAUUACGAACGGAGUUUGAGGACAAGUAUGUAGGUAGUAAAAUAUUUGCCGACGAAUAUCUGCCUGAAGCCACCGCCGAAGCAUCACUGAAUAAAACGUUUAUGGAACAAAAACCUACUUCCACCACAAGUGCUUAUUUCCCUGUAGAAAAACUAUCUAUUCCUAUAUUUAACGGAAAUCCGAUUGAAUACACCAGUUUUCGGAACAUGUUUGAUACAAUAGUAGAUAGCACCAAUAUGGCACCAGUCUUGAAAUUUGGAUACUUGAAAUCACGUUUAGAAGGAGAGCCUUUGAAACUUAUAGGCAACCUUAUGUUAACGGACAGUAACUAUACACUAGCCCUGUCACAAUUAACGGCCCGAUAUUCAAACCGUCGAGUGAUCGCAGAACAUCAUCUGGAACAAAUAUUUAACGCACCAAACGCGUUCUUCGGCGACGGGAAUUCUAUAAGAAAGCUAUUAAACAAUAUUAUUGAAGCUACUGGAGCCCUCCAAAACUUAUCAUUUGCGGUUGAUCAAUGGGAUCCGAUUCUUUUGCACCUCUUACAGAAAAAAUUGGAUUCACAUCUUCGAUCCCAGUGGGAACUGUUGGUGGAUACUACGGAAGAUCCGACUGUAGUAGAGUUUACCACUUUUCUAACAAAAUAUUGUAAGUCAGCUACCGUCACUGAAAGUCAAUAUCAAAAAAAAACCCUUCAAGCAGAACAAAACUACAACUUUGCUCACGAACCAACCGGGUCAACAACACAUGGCACAACAAACAUCGAAGAAUGA